UGGGCCCCGUCUCUCAUAUCAUGUCCCGUGAUCCUCAGCGUCAAAUGGCAGGAGGAAGAAACGAAACGAGUCCGAACGAGACGAAAGACGAAACAUAAAAAAAACCCUAACCGAUGUCCGACAAGAAUCACAGCUCCCUCUGGUGUUUUAUGAAAGGAGCUUGUUGAUGGUGCGAGUCUGUGGGAAGGUUCUCCAUCCUCCAAGACCGUCCCUCUGACAUGGUGACAUUGGCCUCCAGGAACCUACAAAUGCAGCCAAAUAUUAUUUAAAGAGCCUGCAGCAUAUAUGAAACACAGUUUCUCCAUUAUGUGUUAUCUUGGAUCUCACAGUGAGUGACUUUUGUAUUGGGCCAAUUUGGACAGUAGGCAGUGCACUAUCAUAAAGGAAUGUGACAACUCCUUUUCAGUGAACGCGAUAACAUAAAGUUGAUAAUGGAAAUACAAAGCCAACCACAGAAUACUGGCUCUGUUGCUGAAAUAUGUGUGAUCACGGACUUUGAGAAGGAAAUGCUGGAAACAGGUCGUCUCAAGGAACACUGUGUUCCUGACACGCUGGAAACAGGUGAUCUCAAGCAACACAAAGAUCAUGGUGGUCCAUCAAAGCAGUGUUGUAAGUGUGGGGAAACAUUAAUUAAAUCAGGUAACAUGAAAAGGCACAUGCUUUGUCACAGUGAAAUCAAGCCCUAUCAGUGUGCUGAAUGUGGGAAAAUAUUUACACAAUCAUCGGAUCUACAGAGACACAUGAGGAUUCACAGUGGAGUCAAGCCUCAUCAAUGUGUCAAAUGUGGGAAAACAUUCACACGAUCAGAUAAUCUGCAGUCACACAUGAGGAUUCACACUGGAAUCAAGCCUUAUCAGUGCUUUGUGUGUGAGAAAACAUUUACAGAAUCAAGUACUCUGCAGAGACACAUGAGGAUUCACAGUGGAGUCAAGCCUUAUCAGUGUGUCGAAUGUGGGAAAAGAUAUCAACGCUCAUCGGAUCUACAGAGACACAUGAGGAUUCACAGUGGAGUCAAGCCUCAUCAGUGUGUUGAGUGUGGGAAAACAUUUACCGAAUCAGGUAGCCUACAGACACACAUGGUGAUUCACAGUGCAGUCAAGCCUCAUCAGUGCAUUGUGUGUGAGAAGACAUUCACAGAAUCAUGUACUCUACAGACACACAUGAGUAUUCACAGCAGAAUCAAGCCUCAUCAGUGUGUUGAAUGUGGGAAAAGAUUUAAACGUUCAGGUCAUCUGCAGAAACACUUGAGGAUUCACAGUGGAGUCAAGCCUUAUCAGUGCAUUGUGUGUGAGAAAACAUUUACACAAUCAGAUACUCUACAGACACACAUGAGGAUUCACACUGGAGUCAAGCCUUAUCAGUGUGUUGAAUGUGAGAAAACAUAUACACGCUCAUCGUAUCUGAAGACACAUAUGAGGAUUCACAGUAGAGUCCAGCCGUAUCAGUGUGUUGCGUGUGGGAAAACAUUUAGACGACCAGGUAAUCUGCAGAAACACAUGAGGAUUCACAGGGGAAUCAAGCCUUAUCAAUGCAAUGUAUGUGGGAAAACAUUUACACAGUCAUAUAGCCUGAAGUCACACAUGAGUAGUCACAGUGGAAUCAGGCCUCAUCAGUGCAUUGUGUGUGAGAAGUCAUUUACUCUGUCAGGUACUCUGCAGAGACACAUGAUGAUUCACAGUGGAAAGAAGCCUCAUCAGUGCACAGUCUGUAAGAAAACCUUUACACUAUCAGGAACUCUGCAGUCACACAUGAGGAUCCACAGUGGAAUCAAGCCGUAUCAGUGUGUUGCAUGUGGGAAAGCAUUUACACAAUCAGGCCACCUGCAGAAACACAUGAGGAUUCACAGUGGAAUCAAGCCUUUAUCAAUGUGAAUGUGGGAAUGGAUUUACACAAUCAAGUAAUCUGAAGGCACACAUGAGGUUGCAUAUUAGGGUCAAGUCUUAUUCUGUGUGUUGAAUGUGGGAAAGGAAUUCACACAUGAUGAUUUACAGUGAGCACAAUUGAAUGAAUUGUGUGGAUUGUAAUCUCUUUUGUGAACGGGAAUGCAUUAGAACUAGAAAUGAUAAAUCAAUCGAUGUGUUAUUGGUUAAUCCUUUAAUCCAAAAGCAUGGGCUUCUGACACCUAGAGGUUGGUGUAUCUCAUCUGCUCUUCAUAACUUCAGAAAUGGUGAGGUCAAGAUUGUCUUCCUCCACAUAUAUACAAUAUAUCAGCAACUGAGGUUGUAUGCUAAUCCAUCACCAAGACAUUUUUCAACAAGUUAAACUAUUAUUAUUCAAAAUCUUUCAUGGUUUGCAUGUGGGCAAAAGUUGUGAAAGUACAUCAAUCUAUGUUAGGAAUGUUAUUUAUCGGCAAGUAUUUGGGGCCUUAACCUCCUCUAAUUGGACGACGAUGUCAGUGGGAGAUACCAUUUACUAAAAUUGGACCAGACUUUCUGGUAUUCCAUUUUCGUGAUUUUAUUUUCAUAUUGACGUUUGCUAGUUGAAUUGUCAAUGCAAGAGACUUCAACUUUCAUUUGUGAGCUUUUCGUGAUAUUCAUGCUUGCAUGGGAACAUUCUGAAGUUGUAUAACAUUUAUGAUAUGCAAUUUAGUUGCCUGAAAAAAGGGCCAAUUCUGUAUUCUAUGAACUGAAAUUUAUUCUGUGGCGUUGACUUUUUGAAUUAUCUGUUUCUGAUUUUUUCUGAAUAAAAUAUUGUUUCAAUCAAUAUGAAUCGUUAGUAGAAUGAUGAACAACAUGCCAAGCCUGAAAAAUAAGGGCCAAUUCUGGUUUAGAUUCUAUGACCUGAACUUUUUUUCUUCGGCAUUGACGUUUCGAAUUUCAUGUAACUAAUUCUUCCUGAAUAAAAUAUUGUAUAAAUCAA